AUGGCCCUUCCACCUACAGCUUCAUCUGCAUCAUCGCCACCAUCGUCAUUUUCUUGCUUCACCAACUCAGUCUCGUCCCUCUUCCUCUCCUGCAUCCAGACCCGCAGAAUCAAGAAGGGCCGACAUAGCCCUAACUCUCCCACCGCCACUCCCAACAACAACAACAACAGAGCUUCCUGCAGCCAUGCAAUAGCAGCACGCAAAUGUACAUGCGCAUACAUAUCCCCAGCAGACACAAUAGCAGAAAAAGAACCAGAGACAUUACCAAGUCUCGACUCUAACACCAUCUCCAUCACGCACAGGACGUCCAUCCGCAUCGUCGAGUCCGACUCCAGCUCCGACUACGACUCGAGGACGUCUCUCGACUCGGACGUGAAUUCUGUCUCGGACUAUGGCUGUGGGUGCGGUAGUGAAGUACCAGAGCACCACCAUGAGCCCGAUCACGGAUACCAGCAGCACACCUACGAAGAUGACGAGAAAUUAUCGGCUCGGCCUCUUCCACCUCUUCCCAGCGCCACAACCACAACCACCACCAUCACCCAUACAGCCUUGUCAAGGAAACAUCCCGAGAUAAAAACCAGACUUAUCGAAGAAACAAUCCCGGAAGAAGACGAAGACGAGUACCUGGAGCAGCAAGAAUCGCAGUCCCAGCCUGAACGCAAAGACCAAGAUCCCAAACAGAGCAAAGGCGCAGCAACAGGCAGUCGCCGCAAGUCAAUGAUCGAAUUGUUCAAUCUCUCCUCGUCCCGGUCAGGCUCUACACCGUCUUCUCCGUCUGCGGCAUCAUCAAAUCCGGGUCUGUCAUUGUCGUUUUCGAAUCUACAUUUCCGUUUCCCGUUGCCGCCUGCUUGGGGACAGCAGCAGCAGCAACAGCAACAACAGGAACAUCACCGCGAUGGUAACGAGGGAAACCAGAGCCAGGAUCAGAAGGGCGAGAGAAAGAGGCCAAUGUCAACGUCUGCACUACCAUCCUCAACAACACCGUCGGCCAGCUCCGCAAAGAAGCAGGCUCGGGGUGUCUCGCUGCACUCAGCCCUAACUCGCUCUCAGCCCGUCGAGAGCGAAAACACAUCGACAACAACGACUACGACAAAACAAGCAGCAGUAACAACAAAAAAAGAGCGCCGAAUGGCCACAAUCGUGUUCCCGCCUUUGGCACGACUCUCUCGCUCGGGUAUGAACGGUAAUAACAACAGGGGAAGUACAACCCCUGUAGCAGGUAGGUCUCUUUUUUCCUAG